UGAAACAUGAAUUUCCUUUAGAUAUCUAUUUAUAUGUGAUUCAUUACAAACAUAUUUAUCAUUUAUUACUAUAAUUAUUUAUUAAUUGAAUAAUGAAUAAAUUAUUCAGAAGAUUAUCGAUAACUAACGAUAAUGAUAAUUGUUUUAGACAUAAAUCUAUCAUACCUAUUAAAGAUCUGUCAGUUAAUACAUUGGAGAUACAAAAACUGCUACUUAACAAUUUAUCAACUAUUGAUGUUGAACGAAUUAUAAGUUUAUUGGAUAAUUUAAUAACACGAAUAUUAUUAAUUUCAUUAUUUCCAAAAAUUUUAAAUAAAUUACAGGAAUAUUCAUUAGUUCUCGGACGAAAUGUAACUGUCCUAUUUGAAAUAUACGGCUCAUUAAGCAAAAUAUGUAAUGAAUAUGAAGUAUUCAAUUCUGGUGCUGUAAAUAUCAGACCUAAAUAUAUUGAAUUAGAAAGAAGUGUAAAUAAAACAAAACGAAUCUACACUUCACAAUUGAAAGAAUCAUCGAUUGAAUUCGAUUUAGAAGAUCCACUGACUACACCGAAAAAAGAUAUUCAAAAAGUCAUAUCUCGUCUAUAUGACGUAACACGUUCACUGCUCAGAGAUCUUAUGGCGAAUCCAUUAGCUGUAUCAAUUCUAAUUCAUCAUCGAGAGGAAUGGGUAAUAGAAUCGAGUGAUUCUUGUCAAAAAUUAGUUAAAUUAUUGAUACAUUUAAGAACAUUGACACGAAAUGAAUUGUUUACUGCACAAGGAGAUAAGACUAAAGGAGAUGAAUAUCUAGAAUGUUUACGUCUUAAAGAUUUAGAGCAAACUAAACAAAUUGAAAUAUUAACAGAAACAUAUAAUCGUUUAAAGUCUACACAGUUUUCACAGACAACACAGAGGAUGGAUGAAAUUAGGGAAUUGAAGUCAAGAAUUCUACAUAUUCAAAAUGUUACACAAGCUAAGUUGUCAGAGUUUAAACAAAAGUAUUGUGUAUCACAACAGAUUGCUUAUAAUAAGCACCAAGAAUCUAUUCAAUCAAUGAAAAUGUUUUUAGAAGCUGUUAAAGCUCAACUAAAGGAAUUGACUGAAAGAUCCAUUGAAAAUGAGCAUAAACUACGCUCAGAAAAGUGGAAAAUUGAAGAUACUAUUUGCGCAGAAAUUUCAAAAAAUGACUCAGAUCUCUUUGAAAUACAGGUUAAAUAUGAUGAAUAUCUUGCAGAAUAUGAAAAAGAAUGUUUGGCUUGUGAACAGUUAAGGAUGAAAGUUGAGCCAUUGAAAACGUUAGCUGAUGUUGUUCUGGAAGAGUAUCAUUUAGAAAAUGAAAAGAAAACCGCUGAAAUCAUUGACAGAGAAGAUAGGCGAAAAGCAGCAACCAUUAUUCAAAGUUUAUGGCGUUCAUCGAAAACACGUAAAAUAAUUAAAGCUGAACGUAGAAAAAAACGGCAAUAAACUUUCAAUGAAAUGAAUAAACAACUACAUAAACAAAGAUCUCUUCAAAGAUGUUAAAUACCAAGAAGAUGUAGGUAAAAUAACAAACGGGAAUAAACACUAUACGGGCUAAAAAAUAAUGUAAAAUUAUACAAAUAAAACUACCUUCCAC